GGGGCUGCAUGGGUAUUGGAAAGUUAUGUCUUUCGUGAAGGUUCUGGCAAGGAGGGUACUAGAAAGCAAUGUUAGAAAGCUUGAACAACCUGAUAUAUGGAAGCUAUACCACCUGGUCCAUUUCUACAAGGGAUUUGGUAUCAAAGGAGACCAGACAUUUGGAGAUAUUCCAGACCAAAAAACCCCCUUGAAGGAGCAAUACAGAAUUGUACAUAAGCACGUACAACAACAGGUACAGGAUUCCUUGAUUGUGUAUAAUCAUGACGGAACUGUUGGUAGUACUACUGGUAGCAUUGCCGUGCAACCCCGGCCUUGCACUGAGAACAUGAAGAUACCAGGUGUGCUAGUAGAAGCCGGCCAUAUACUGCCCGGUGCGUUCGUGUGCUUUUUCCCAGGAAAAAUUUAUGUACCCUCACAGCUGAGAGAGAUACCCGGGUAUCCUGACAUCACUCACGACAACCAUUACCUCAUGGCCAGGACGGAUGGUUCCAUCAUCGAUGCUAAAGAUCAUAUCUCUUCUGAGGGAAAUCCCCUUGCUGUUGGCCACCUAAUCAGGCAUCCUCCGAAUGGGACUUCUCCUAAUGUGAUGCCAUUUUCAUUUGACAUUAGUGCUGGCUUUCCAAUCGACCUCCUCCCGUUAGUCCCCAACAUAUAUCAUCGGAAGCCUGGGUUUCUUUUUUCCAGUAGACGUGUGCUACUUAGGACGAUUGUGUUUGUAGCAACUGAGCACAUCAGAAAAGGGGAGGAGCUGUUCUUGAACUAUCGGCUCCACCCUGAGUCUACCGUCCCUGAUUGGUACAGCAGAGUGGAUGGGAAUACUGACAACAGAAGGAUUUGCUGGCAGAAAAAAGUCCCCUUGGAUGUGAGCCAAGACACAAGGCACAGUUAUUUUGGCCUUUGGGGUUUUUAUCUGACUUGCAUCCAAAGGUCCUCUAUAACCAUAAAUUAUCUAACAAUGCUACUCACCCUCACUGACACUUAACUGUACUGGUUUUAGUCUGGCAACUACCGUCAUAAUGAAAGCACUGCGGGUGCUGAUGCCUCGGUGGAGGUCAAAGCUACAUAACAUAAAGCUAUAGCUUUUAUAAUAAUUGUACACACAUUAUAAUCAUGAUGAACAUUAAUUUUGAAACAGGGAAACUCAAAGAGUGGGUAAUGAUCAACCACGAUUGUUGUUAAAAACGAUCGAUGCCAAAACUUCAAAUCUAAUGGCUGCAUCAGCAGAGCUUUGCAGCUCUCUUCUCACUCGUGUAGCUAACAUUCUAGUGCAGAGCCAACUACUAAGUAGAGUAGCAACACUCGGUGAACAAGUUUUGCUACGGACUCUUUUGAAAAGGCUGCAAUGGCAUUCCAAGUAAGCAAAACUAGGCAUAACUCGAGAACAAAGCUUUAUUUUGCAAAUCCAAGAAUACAAAUCCAAGAAAACAUGACUAGAAGCCUAUAGAAACUCUUACUUGCACUUCAUUGAUCCUUGAGCAGCUGUAACAGUCUACACAGACAGACACCCACACACACACACACAAACACACUACCGUAUACCUCGCUUGCGCAUGCGCACCGAGGCAUAAUUAUUUAUUCUUUGUGUAAAACAAAGCCUUGAUUAAACAGCGUGGAAACAUGGAUUGUUGCGAGGUGCUCCCGUUUCCAAUCCCUGGGCCCUUUUUCCUUUAUCUAUGGUAUAAUCAUGGUCACUCUUGUUAUAAAAUACAUCCUGUUUGUAUAUAUGAAACAGAAUUCUACAAACAACCUAAUGAGAUUAAUAGUUCAGAGUUACACUAUCAUAAUUAUUCAGGGUUUUGAUAGGAGCCUGCACUUAGAUGGAUCGAUGCUUGGGUCGUGAUACAGCACAGGCAUCAAUACUGAUCCCGUUUGAUCCGGGUUUACUUUACUCCUAUCAAUUAGUACCGUAUAUACUUCAGUGUAGGUUGGCCACUUUGCUUUAUCUUCUGGCAACUUUUUCACCACGUCUUCAACAAGAAAAACUGAAAAAUCGCGACGAGUAGAGAAGUCUGUAUUGGAAGGAUUUUCAAUGGCUGUUGGUAUAGUGGGAUCAACUGCUGAUAGUGCUAUUCCUUUUCCUUUAUAAGUUGCUGGCUUCUCACCAGGUGCAACGAACAUGACCCCCCCAUGACAAGCAUGAAUAAACAUUGACAAAUUCACUUUCGGAGCAACGGUGGAUACGAUAGCACGAAAUUCUGUAUCAAAGAACUCAUCCACGAGAUUUCCAUCACUGUUGAGAGUUUUAAGGGAUCCCCAGUGUCCAUUGCGCUGAAUAAAUUUCUUUGUUUCAGGGUCUUGAUAAGCAAUACCAUGACCGCAGAAGUAGAAGAGAAGACUGUCACCUGAUUUGUCUGCAUUUGUAAUGAGAUCAGUGAGAGCCUGGAUGACAUUUUGUUUGCUCGCCAUCUUGAAAUCAGUUUUCCAGUCUGUGAGUAUCACACAUUGGUCUUCACUGAACACUCCUUUCAAAACCAGGUUCUGCUUAAACUUUUUUGCAUAGAUGAAGGGGAUAACACCAAGUGGUGUAGGUAGCGCUGUCUUCAUGUUUUCAUAGGUAAUUCCUAUAAAAACAGCUUUCACCUUAGAACUGGGAUUCAUUGUGAAGUGUUAAAAAACACAGGUUACCAGGAAAAGCUUUAGUAGACUUUACUAGCAAACACUUUAAUACAUCACAAAUCUCCAAGAGUGACCCUGCCUUUAUAUAAGGCAAUGAGCACAUGACCAUCUAGGUUGACCACGUCCUGAGAGUCUAAUAAUACAUCUAUGUUGUAAUAAUAAUUAUACUAUAUAUAGCAGUAACUGGUGAACUGUUGACUAGAUCUAUAAUUUACGGUGGCCCUGAGUGUUACUAUAAUUAUAGCAGUUGACAUUCGUAGUUGAAAGUUCAGAUACUUAAUACUUCAAACAUGAUAUUUCGUAGUUCGUACUCUUCCUAUAGAUAUAGAUAUCUAGUUUGCAGUUGCAAUUAGUAUUUCGUACUUGCUAGUUCGUAUUUGGUAGUCCGUGGCCUUAAACUUUUGCCCACUUCAUGAAUUAUUGAUAUUAAAAGUGCUAUGGAUAGACCUGUUACUCAAUAAGCUAUAGCUAUGAUUAUGUAUUGCCAGUAGUGUAUGAAUCCUCCUGGUAUUGCAGACAUGCCGUGUUGCUGUCUUAUAUGCCAGUUAUAUAACAAUGUUGUAGGACUGUAGUAUAUAAAUUAUAGUAGAUUAUUGCCAAUGCACUUCCUUUGAUCUUACAACGAUUCACUUUUCCAAAAUUUCCAUACAUGCGUUUAGAAGGUAUGCAUUAGUAUAUAAUCGCAUGUUGUCCUAUUAUUCACUGUGAUUCAUACAGUGAUUAAUCGCGUAUCAGUAAUUGCACGUCGUCAUUAACGACGUGCAAUUACUGCCUUGAGGACCGCACAUUUGAAUAACGGCCGCAGCUAAUUUUUUUUACUGAAACUGCAGCUAAAAAUGUCCUUAAAACUGCAUCACAAAUGAUUAACAAUCAAUAGUAUGGUUAAGAGUGCAAUAUGGGAUUAAUAGCACGAGUAACAAGCAAUGGCAAGGCUACUAAUUGCACGAGGCGUAGCCGAGUGCUAAUGACCUUGCCAGUGCUUGUUAUGAGUGCUAUUAAUCUCUUUUGCACGAGUAACCAUACUAAUCGUGUAUGAUGAAGUUCUCUGUAGUUUUAUUAACAUUUUCGGCAGCGGCCGUCAUUCGAAACAAUACGCUGUUAAUGACGAUGUGCAAUUACUGGUAAUACGGGAUUUUUCAGUCACUAAUAGGACACCAUACGAUUAAAGUGACCUCAUGCAUACAAGGUGAACACAAUUAAACUCAAUGCUACAAAAACAGCACAUAACUUGAGUCCAACAGUCUCUUCCACCACUUGUACUUGAAGUCUUGCGGUCAAGCACACAAAAUUUAAUUAAUUACAAUUACUCUAGAUCUACAUCAAGAGUGCACUGUUGCUACUAUUUAUAGCCACACAAUGUACAAACAAGUACAGUAUACUGUCUGUAAUGUGUAUAACAUCCUACACAUUAUUAGCACAUGUACAUAUAUGCAAGUACAAUACACACACACACUCAUUAUAUAUAUAUAGACUGUGUAUUUUUAUAUGGAUGCUUGUAUAUAUUAUUACAAUCAUGGAACAGGUGUGUUGGCCAUGGUAUCUUGUUAUAGCCUAUGGAACAGUGGUAUUUUUUGGGGCCACAUCUUUACCUGCAGUGCAAGCAGCAACCACGAAAAUAUUAUCCACGAAGUGACUACCCUACAGCGGAUUUUAUUCAACUCGAAAACGGUGAUUUUCGUGAGUAAAAAUUUUGUUUGACUUCAUUGCCUGCACUGCGUUCCGGUAAGCCAUGCCUGCAAUUUCAUGGGGAAAAUUUUUGUGGAGGUCAGCUUGCCCACGAAAAUAACAAAUAUUUUACUCCACGAAAAUUACACGCUAUACGGUAAAUAUUGAUCAAACCACAAAUAUUUUGCCCCCCGAAAAUUACCUGCUAUAACGGUAGUAGAAUAAAGACGCUAUACGGUAAAUAUUGCUCAAACCACGAAUAUUUUGCCCCCCGAAAAUUACCCGCUAUACGGUAGUACAGUAGACUCUCGUUAAUCCGGCCACCCUUGGGACCAUGCAGCUUGGCCGGAAUAGCGAGGUGGCCGUACUUUAGAUAAUUAGCCGCGGCUUAAAAACGACCUUACCUCGAAUCUAAUCACUGAUUUGCAGUUCUUGUCUCGAGGAUAAUGAAAGAUAAUGAAUCAUUCUGCUCUCUAUUUAAGUGUAAUCCAAUUUUAUUUACUAAACCACACCCAAAACAUCAUAUCCGGCCGUAAUACACGUAUAAAAUUACAUUGAAAACGUUAUUUGGGACAGCCAGCACUGGCUGGUAAACGGAAUAGCGAGUGGCCGUACUUCAGGGUGAGUUUUGUGCAGUAAACAUAGAGGUAGCAUUCCGUGCCAAACCAAAUGGCCGGUAUAUCGAGGUGGCCGUACUUCAGAGAGCUGGAAUAGCGAGAGUCUACUGUAGAAUAAAAAAGGAGAAGUGCACAAUUUUAGACCAGUAACAAUGAAUGGAAGUAAUGUCUUCACUUUCAGUACCUUUUCAUCCUCCAGCUCCUCCUUUGUCUUCUUGACAGCUGGUGGCUAAACAUCCUCCAACUUCCGCUUUUUCCUAUGCACAUAACAUAAUUCGUGAGGUAUUACAUGUAUAGUUAUAGAGACGGCUAAUACAUUAGACGGGCCCUCACAUUUUCCCUUUGCUUUCAGUUUCACUAACAUGCAGCUUCUUCAGUUCUGUGAACACUGGGAAGUCUGUCCGCUGCCACACCCACAGUAUCCAAAUUGUCAGAAAAACAGUAACCACGAAUGACACCUCUGAACUUUUCUUGUCUCUGGGUGAUCUGGAUCUUACCAAUAAGCUCUAUGCAGUAAUAAGAAUCUUGGCUUGUAAAUAUUAAAGUAUCAAGUACAUGGGGUAUCUAUGUAGUGCUGCUCUGUUGGACACGUGUACUAAUUAAUAGGUAUUCCUCCCCCUGUUACUCACCCCACCCAUCCCCUUCCCCCCGUGAUCCACAUGACCAAAUGCUAGACCAAAAUGCUAUUUAACCACUUGUGGCACUUCAUCCCACAAACAUUCUGACAUAAUACCGAACUGGAACUCUUUAUCCCUCAGUUUCAUCAUUUAAAUCAAACCUCAGUAAUUUCAACGAUGUGUAGAUUCUAAUCUUUGCUUUCUGUAACUUUAUAAUAAUAGCGGGAAUUUUAGUGGGUGCAAAUGUUUGCCCUUUGGCUCCAGAGCACUCAGCAGAUAUUUUCGUGGGUUCUAAUAUUCGCGUCACAAUGCCAGGAAACCACACCCACCAAUAGCUUUGCUUGUGAAAUACCGGUGCUGCAUGGGAAGUUUAUCUCAGUUUUAAUGUUCGCGUUCGCUGCUCUGCCCUUGAAAAACACAAAAUUUUGCACCUAACAAAAAUUUCUCACUAUACGGUAGCUGUUUUGUCCAUUAAUUGCUUUCUGUUUUCGUGGGUUGUUCAGGGGAAGUCUUCACACUACAAUAUAGCCAUCUGACCUACCUGACCUACCCUAAUGCACACCCUGCAGGGUUUCAUCUAGUGGGGGGGGGGGUCAGCUUCUCCCCAAAAAAUGUUUUACAACAAUGACAUCAUUACAUUAAGUACUACAUGUCACACACCAUACGUACUAUGCGUUAGGCUAAGCAUGUAAUCAACAAAAGUGGGCGUAGCCAAACAUUUUGUGACGUGCACAUCUUCCCCCCCCAAAUUUUUGAUCUUAGAUGAAACCCUGCCCUGGUUUUGCAAUAAGAAAAGCACAAAAGGACAACACAAAAGAUGAUUUCUUACAAAAAAAUAUUUUCAGGCUACAAAUGUCAGACUACACACCUCGUCUAUAAAUAAACAGAGCCACAACACACUGAUCUAUUUUACACAAUGUAAAUUAUUAAGCCACAACGCACAAUGUCAUUAAACAUAUUAGAUCUAUUUUAGAUUGAGUACACACACUAUACCGUUAAUUGUCAGAAGCGAGAUAUUUUUCAUAGGCAUCUUCCACCCACCUGUGUGGAGUAGCUAUAUCAUCUCGCACUCUCAUCUUGUACCAGCGGCUCAAUAUUCCCAACAAUACGAAACCAGUGACACUCCAGAGAGUUGCCAUCGAGCUGUAGGCAAUCGAACAGUAUCGAGGGUCAGAACACACUGUGUGAAAUACCCCUGCUAAAACGUUAGCAACAAUAUUUGACAUAUAGUAGUUUGACCACAUAUAGCCAAUCAUAAGCCCUUUCAUUUGGUGUGGAGAUUGUGCACAGACAAACUCAAUGGCAGAAGUUAGCAGGAUCGCUUUUAGAGGGGCUGAGAUCAGAGAAUGCAUGAUCCAAAACCAGUCCGAGUCGUAAGGAUCUGUUAGCUCUUUGUUAUGGUCUAGACCUGAGGCCACUAAGGAGAUACCAUUUACAACUAUCGUAAGAAAUGAGGCAAAUCCGAUUUUCUUCAAAAUAGAAGGUAUAAUGGGCACUGCAAAUGGAUAAAUGAGAAACUCAUAGAUUGCUAUAAAACCAACAACCCAGAGAGACGUUUCAUAGGAGAAUGACCUGAUCAUGACAUCUGUACAAUUUUGGGAAGCCAAUAUCGUGGAUUCAAAGUCUUUCACAUACGCAAACUGCUGAAAAAGAUAGUAUGAAGUGAAAAUAAAGCCAAAGGACACACUGAGAGCAAGCAUUCGCAAAACAGUUUUAACAUUUUCAACUUCCUCAGUCGUAAAUGGACCUCCAUAUCUCGAUUUACCCAAGUCAAUUCUAGAGGGUAUAGCAUCUUCGUAGUAAGUGAGAGCACUGCGAUUGAGGGGAGCCUUGUGCUUUUUAGCAAACUUGAGAACUUUGAAGAUCAUUUGGAAGGAUUGAGGACGCUUGUUUUCUAAAAUAAGCAACUUAUUCGAAAGCAAAAAAUCGGAGCACAAUACAAUGCAUAACGAAACUACUGACACAAGAGACAUGACUUGCAAAGAGCUGUUUCCCUCGCCUGCCCAGCAGUCGGUUAGAACUCUCUUAAAUAACGAGUUGAUCCAGUUCCCAGCAUAGAGACAAGCCACAAACCAUACAACGUAACUAGCUACAUUAGCCGAAGAUGCAUCUGGCAUUUGAUCAAGACCUAACUGCAUUGAUGUUACCAAAAUCAUGGCUCGACCAGCAAAACCCACAAAAUGAAUCAAUGUUGACAAAAUUGAAGAUGGAGCAUACACACGGUCUUCGGCAAUGGGUGAAUCAACGCAAAGUUGGAGUACAGAGGCCAUUAUUGAAGCUACAAAGUAAAUCAAAACACCAGCUCUCACCAUAGUGAAGUUGCCACACUUAGUAUCAGCUAUCCAUCCAGACAGUAAUGCAAACACAAACCAUGGAACAUAGGGCAGAAAGAUAACGUAAUUAACUGGAUUAAGAUGCUCUCUAUUUUCAAACACUGUUAGAAAUGCUGUGAACAGGUUAUCCAAAGAGCCAAAACCAAUACUAACAAGAAGUGUCCACAGCAAAAUUAGGUAAGCACCUU